AUGGGUUUUUUUCAUAGGUCUGCUUCUACUGUAGAAGUUGGACCAGCUAAGCCUGGUGAGACUGCCCCCAGAAGAAAUAUUCAUGCCAAGGACCAUGCCUGGACUACUCCAGACGACGUUCCUGGCGUUGAUACAAUCUAUAAGCUCUUCAAAAAGAAUGUCGAGCUCUACGAUACCAGAUAUGCUAUGGCUUCUCGUGUAAUUAAGACCAUUCACACUGAGGAGAAGAUGGUUACUAAAAAGAUUGAUGGUAAAGAUCAAAAAGUCCCCAAGAAAUGGCAAUAUUACGAAUUGACCCCCUAUCACAAUAUCACAUAUCGUGAGUUGGAUACCCUUGUUUCCAAUAUCGCCUCAGGUUUGGUUAAAUUAGGCGUCAAGCCCAAUGGCGAAGAGAGAUUCCACAUCUAUGCUCAGACCUGUGCAGAAUGGUUACAAACUGCUCUUGCUUGUAGCAGCCAAGGUAUCCCUGUUGUAACUGCAUACGACACAUUGGGUGAAGAGGGUUUGACUCACUCGAUGGUCGAAACUGAAACUGUCGGUGUUCUUGUCGACGGUGCCAAUUUGCACACCUUAUUGCGACCUCUUAAGAAGGCUACCAAGAUCAAGUACAUCAUCUACCGCCAAGAUAUUGAAGAUGCCAAUUAUGACAAGGACAUUGAAGAGCUCAAAGCUCUUCGUGAAGAUAUCCAAGUUCUACGUUUUGAGGACCUUGUAGCUCUUGGAAAGGCCAAUUCUAUUCCUGCUUCGCCUCCUUCUCCAGAGGAUACCGCUCUCAUUAUGUAUACUUCCGGCUCCACGGGAACCCCCAAGGGUGUUAUUCUGCUCCAAAAGACUGUUGUGGGAGGCGUUGCCGGUGUAGCUGGUAAUAUUGAUCACAAGACAAUCUGUCCUGGAGACAAGGUUUUGGCAUUCCUUCCUUUAGCCCAUAUUUUCGAAUUUACCCUUGAGUUGGGCUGCAUUCACUGGGGUGCUACUCUGGGUUAUGCCAAUCCCAAAACUCUUAGUGACGUCUCUGUCAAGAACUGUUUGGGAGAUAUCCGUGAAUACAAGCCUGAUAUCAUGGUCGGUGUGCCAACAGUCUGGGAAAACGUCCGCAAGGGUAUCUUGAGCAAGAUUAAGGAGAAUCCUUCUAUUGUUCAAAAGAUUUUCUGGGCCGCUUACUAUGCCAAGCUUGGUUUAAGCCACUAUGGUAUCCCAGUCCCACUUGUCGAUACUUUGAUCUUCAAGAAGGUCAAGGAUGCUACUGGUGGUAAUGUCAAGUUUGUGAUGAACGGAGGUGCCGCUCUGUCGAAAGACACCCAAGUAUUUAUUUCAACUCUCAUUGCUCCACUUUUGAUUGGUUAUGGUCUUACUGAGACCAAUGCCAACUGUUCACUUAUGAGUCCUCGCAAUUUCGAGUUUGGCACUCAGGGCGAGCUUACUCACGGUGUCACUGUUAAGCUUGUUGAUGUUCCAGAUGCUGGUUACUUUGCCAAGAAUAACCAAGGUGAAGUAUUCAUUAAGGGUAACCCUGUCAGCCCCCAAUACUUCAAGAACGAGAAAGAGACUAAAGAUGCAUUCACCGAGGAUGGCUGGUUCAUGACUGGUGACAUUGGUGAAUGGACUCCUUCUGGAUCGCUGAAGCUCAUUGACCGUAAGAAGAAUCUCGUUAAGACGUUGCAUGGAGAAUACAUUGCUCUUGAAAAGCUUGAAUCUACUUACCGUUCCAACCCCUAUGUUGCCAAUAUUUGUGUCUAUGCUGACUCUUCGCAUGUUAAGCCAAUUGCCAUUAUUGUACCAGCUGAAAAGGCCAUCCACGAGCUUUGUUCUGAUAAGAAGAUUGAUAUUCACGAGGAUGUUGCCCAAGACCCUCGCAUCACCUCAGUUAUUCAUAAGAGUAUUCUUGAAACUGGUAAAGCUGCUGGACUUUCUGGUGUUGAGCUUCUUGCUGGUAUUGUCAUCAGCCCUAUUGAAUGGACUCCUCAAAACGGCUAUGUUACCUCUGCUCAGAAACUCCAAAGAAAGAAGAUUCUUGAGGCCAACAAGAAGGCUGUUGAAGAUGUUUUCAAGCGCAACGACUGA